CUCUCUCUCUGGCAGGGUUGAGUAAGUUGAAAUCACGCUUUUUUUUACCCUUCACUGCUCCGCCAUAGAAACAGAACCCGCCUCUGUGUGAGAAAAGGAAAGUAGCAGAGUGACAAACUGUAAACGAUAGAAGACGAAGAAAAGAAGGGAAGAAGAAAGAAAAGCAGCGACUCCCUCGUCUGUUCGCUUUUCUCUCUCACUUCCUCAACUCCCCGUCUCUCUCUCUCUCUCUCACACACACACACACACUCUUCUCUCUCUCUCUCUCUCUCUCUCUCUCUCUCUCACACACACACACACACACUCUGUCUCUCCGUCGUUCACAAGGAAAGAAAAUGAAGGGAAAGGAAGGACACUUCUCCGUGCGCGUCGGAGUCGAGUGAAAGUUUGCCGAAGGAAAGAGGAAGCAGCAGCAGGACGCAGACGGGAAGGAAAGUGUGAACUACGCGGAUGAACCGAGCCUGUGGAGUUGUACACUGUAACACACUGUACCGGACUGUAACACACUGUACCGGACUGUAACACACUGUACCGGACUGUAACACACUGUAACCAGCUCGCCUGCUCGUUAAUGUGUGACUCAGUGCUGAGUGACUUUCGCACACUCGCUCCUCUUUAUUUCACACACUCAAGUUCGUGCGGUCAUCACCGGACUCGAAAACUCGCUUCAGGAUCCCUCUCAGGAGUGUGUGUGUGUAUGUAUGUGUGUGUGAGUGAGUGAGACAGUACUGUGGACCUGACGAAGACGAGGACAGGCUGUUAUUGCAGCCAUGGCCGGGGCGAAACCGGGAGUGCACGCGCUCCAGCUCAAACCGGUCUCCGUGCACGAACUCCUCAAAGGGGGAAGCAAGUUUAUCAAAUGGGACGAGGAACCCAACAGCGGCCAGCCCACGCUGGUCACCCUGAAAGUGGAUCCUGAAGGAUUCUUCCUCUACUGGUCCAGUGGAUCAAGCACCGAGGUCGAGAUUGUGGACAUCAGCCAUAUCAGAGACACCAGAAGAGGGAAGUUUGCCAAGAUACCAAAGGACCCACGUUUGCGUGAAGUGCUGGGCUGUGGAAAAGGAGAGGGCAAUGUGGAGGCUACGACAACGAAGUUAAUAACAGUUGUCUACGGCAACGACCUGGUCAACAUCUCUUUUCUUAACUUCCAGGCCAUGCAUGAGGACAUUGCCAAGGUGUGGACUGAAGAGCUGUUUAAACUUGCCAUAAACUUACUGUCCCAAAAUGCCUCACGCAACACCUUCUUACUCAAGGCAUACACCAAGCUAACACUGCAGGUCACACAAGAUGGGAAAAUCCCACUAAAGAAUAUUCUUAAGAUGUUCUCUGACAAGAGGCGAGUGGAGACAGCGUUGGAGCAGUGCAACCUCAUGGCUAACAGGGCUGAUGGGAUCAAGAUAGAGGAUUUCACCUGGGAAAUGUUCCAGAGCUUCCUGAACAAAAUGUGCCUGAGGACUGAGAUCGACCACAUCUUCAUGGAGCUUGGCUCUAAAGCAAAGCCCUUUCUUACCCUGGAUCAGAUGAUGGACUUUGUCAACCGUAAGCAAAGGGACUCACGGUUGAAUGAGGUUCUCUACCCACCCCUCAAGCGAGAGCAGGUACGACAGCUCAUGGAAAAAUAUGAGACUAACCCCCACCAGCUGGAAAGAGACCAGAUCUCUCUAAUGACAUUCAGUAAAUAUCUGGGGGGAGAGGAAAACGCAGUGGUUCCCUCAGAAAGGUUCGACAUCAUGGACGAUAUGAACCAGUCACUCUCUCAUUAUUUUAUCAACUCUUCGCACAACACCUACCUCACAGUGGGUCAGUUAACAGGUCUGUCCUCAGUGGAGAUGUACAGACAGGUUUUGCUCACCGGUUGUCGCUGUAUCGAGCUGGACUGCUGGAAAGGUCGUCCACCCGAUGAAGAGCCCAUUAUAACACACGGCUUCACCAUGACAACCGAAAUCCCCUUCAAGGAGGUGAUUGAAGCCAUUGCUGAGAGUGCUUUUAAGACCUCUCCCUACCCCCUCAUCCUCUCCUUCGAGAAUCAUGUUGACUCCGCACGGCAGCAGGCUAAGAUGGCAGAAUACUGUCGUUCCAUAUUCGGUGAUGCCUUGCUUAUCGAUCCUUUAGAGAAAUACCCGCUGGUCCCAGGUCAGUUGUUGCCCAGUCCUCAGGAGCUGAUGGGGAAAAUCUUGAUAAAGAACAAGAAAAAGCAUCACCACGGCACAACUAACGGUGGAAGCGUCAGACGCAAAGAGGGAGCAGACGAGCAGGCCUCGUCUCUCAACGAUGCUCCAUUGCCUGAAUUGGAGACAAGCCAGAUCAUGUCCAAUGGGGGCGAGAAGCUUGCAGAGAGGAUGAGUAAAGACAGUGACAUGCGGAAGUCUAUUGAUCGGGGAGAUGGAGAUAGUGAUGAAGAGGAGGAGGAAGAGCCAGUGGCAGACCCCAAAAAGCACCAAUCGGAUGAGGGAACAGCAUACAGUGAAGUCAAUGCUACUGAAGAGAUGUCCACAUUGGUUAACUACAUUGAACCAGUCAAAUUCAAAUCCUUUGAAGUGGCAGCCAAAAGGGACAAGUUUUUUGAAAUGUCAUCCUUUGUGGAGACCAAAGGCAUGGACAUACUGAAGAAUUCCCCUAUUGAAUUUGUGGAAUACAAUAAGAAGCAGUUGAGUCGGAUCUAUCCCAAAGGCACUCGUGUGGAUUCCAGUAACUAUAUGCCUCAACUCUUCUGGAAUGUAGGCUGCCAGAUGGUGGCGCUAAACUUCCAGACUCUUGAUCUACCCAUGCAGCUAAACCUGGGUGUGUUCGAGUAUAACAGCCGCAGUGGCUACCUGCUCAAGCCCGAGUUCAUGAGGCGCACAGACAAACACUUUGACCCCUUCACUGAGAACAUAGUGGAUGGCAUUGUGGCUAACACUGUCAAGAUCAAGAUUUUGUCUGGUCAGUUUCUGACUGAUAAGAAGGUGGGAGUGUAUGUUGAAGUCGACAUGUUUGGGCUUCCUACUGACACCAAAAGGAAGUACCGCACCAAAACCUCUAAUAACAACUCAAUGGACCCCGUGUGGGAGGAGGAGCCUUUCGUCUUUCUUAAGGUGGUGUUGCCCACACUAGCCUCAUUAAGAGUAGCUCUCUUUGAAGAGAACGGGAAGUUCAUAGGCCAUCGGAUCUUACCAGUAGUGGCUUUACGUCCAGGAUACCAUUACAUUAAUCUGAAGAAUGAGCUCAAUCAGCCGCUCCUGCUUGCCACUCUCUUUGUAUACACCGAAGUUCAGGACUACAUUCCAAACGAGCAUCAAGAGUAUGCUGAGGCUCUGACCAAUCCAAUCAAACAUGUGCUGGAUCAGAGAGAGAGGCAGCUGGCUGUGUUGAUGAUGGACAACAAUGAGGUUAGUAAGCGAGUCCAUGACAAGCCAGAUGAGAAACUAGAUUUCACCCCUAUGCCUACUCCUGUGUGCCAGUUCCCCUUGCCCUCGCCGCCCCUCCCACCUGUGGUGGCUGAAGUAUUGACUGCCCCAGCUCAGAAAGAAGACCUGAUCCUCAAUAUAUUAGCAGUGAUCGAGCCCCAGUCUAUUGAAGAGCUGAAGCAGAACAAGUCCUAUGUGAAGUUGUUGAAGAAACAAUGCAAAGAACUGAAGGAGCUUCGCAAGAAGCACCUUAAGAAGGUGUGGGCCCUCAGCAAGGAGCAGAAGACGAGGUGUAACAAGCUGAACUCAGACAUCCAGAGACGCAAGAGUCAAGCCGAGAAAAAGCUGCGGCUCAGCGUAAAGAAAAAUGAGCCUGAGGAACCUGUGAGGACUGAACUGAGUGCUCUGGAGGUGGAGCUGGAGAAGCGGACAGUGCAGCUGAGAGAGUGGCAGAUGCAGGAGCUGCUUGACCUGCGAAAGAAACAACACCAGCUGGAAAGAGAAAAGAAGUAUGCUCAUCUUGAAGAGUCCUUUAAGAAACUAAAAGUAGUUGCUGAGGAAUGCCAGAUAGAUCAGAUCAAGAAACUCAAGGACAUAUGUGACAAAGAGAAGAAGGAGUUGCAGAAGAUUUUAGACAGAAAAAGGCAGAACAGCAUCAUAGAAGCUAAAAAGGGGGAUAAAGAGAAGGCUGAGUCGGAAGUGAACGAGAUAAAUAAAAAACAUAUCCAGGACUCGGUGAACUCACUGCGCAAGUUGGAUGAAACUCAGGAGAAGCGUCAAGAGAAGCUGAAGAACCAGCAGAGAGAAAUCUUACAGAAAAUAGAAGAGGAGCAACCACUGCACCGGCUGCGUUUGGAGCGUGACACUGACGCCGAGCUCGAGCGCUUACCCGAGGAGAUCUGUCGAUACCUGCAGGGUGAGCUAGAGAGCAAAGGCCUGCGCAGCGACGCCCUGUUCAGCCAAGACAGUGCCGGCUCAGGCCCACCCUCCAACUGCAGCACUCCUUCUUUCAACUCUCCCAAUCACAACUCGAGCAUGGACAACAGCAUGGUCUCGCUGGACAACUCCUCAUCCUCCAGCACCAUCACGUCCGAAUCGGAGCUCACGGCCAUCUAAAUCCUACCUGAUCAUCGUAUCGCUUUGUCCUCUCAUGCCAUUCUCACUGGAUCCUGGUGAUAGAAGUAGUAUUACAGUUUAAAAGCUUUUAAAGGAUUUCGGUAACUUUAUUUUUCCCAUGCCUCUUUUAAAGUCUGCUUUUAUUUCCUUUUCAAUGAUAUAUAUAUGUCUGUGUUUAGCACUUGUGGAAUGGAGGGAUUUUUUUAAACAAGAGACUCUUUAUUUAUUUCUGUGGUAUGAUAUGAGGGAGUUAGCGGUUUAACUGUAGUGCUCUGCCUUGUCCAGCAGGUGGCAGUGUAGCUUUAGUGGUGUAAAGAGAGUUUACUGACUGGGCGAUACGAACGCAAGGCGUAAUCUGAAUGGUACUUGUUUACAUAAUAAUGCACAGAUGGGCAAUCCUAUAAGCCAGACCAUCAUCUCUCCUCCCUAUGGGGCUAUAAAGUUAAUUCCCACUGCAUAUUUCUGCAGCAUUCGAAAUACAUCAACGUAAUUGAUGUGUGUGUGUGUGUGUGUGUGUGUGUGUGUGUGGCAAGAAAAAGAUUAGAUGUGAUGAAUAUUGUUUUUUGUUUUCCCAGUAAUGCAGAGUUCCCCCUCCCCCUGUUCCCCAUCUCCCCCAUCCACCUUUCCCCCCCAUGUCCUCUCUCCUUCCCUACAGCCCUGAGUGUGUGGUGUGGCUUAAUCUAAUCCCUGCUCUAAUUCUGUGUGUAAUUGGUGUGCCAGUCCCAUGCACUGCAUAUCCAAAACCACUACUGUUCAGGAAACUGGACACAGUUCUGUUGUUCAUGUCGUCUAUUCACACUCUGGAUGUGUUAAUUCUGUCGCUCUGGUUACUAGAAUGUGAAACUAUAAGAGUGUGUGGUAUCAGGGGUCAGGUCUAGCCAAAGCGAUCGCCAUAUAUACCUGAACAUACAGGAUGUGCAAACUUUUGUCUUUUAGGUUGUGUGUCAAAAUGUGGAAAUCUGAUUGUUACUUCAUCUUCAUUACGCUUUCUUCUUCUUGCCAGCAAUUCAAGGAAGCCCCAGAGGUUGCAUUUCCUCAUUUGUGCCUGUAAACAAGGUCGCUGGUUCGGGCAAAUGACUUAUUAAAAUCACACUUUUUAGAUGGAGUUGGGUUGUUUGUCGUAAAGGGAAAAAAAUGUACCAGUAGACUAGAAAAUCCCAAAUGCAGCAAGGCAAAAUAUAGAAGCUUUAACACACACGUUUUAGAAAACGAGGGAUACAUCAAUCCGACAUGGGGCUGAUAUUAGCUCGAGCCGAUGGAUAAGUAUUGAAUCGGAUUUGACAUGCUUCCCAGUCUGUUCCCCUUGCAUUUAUUUUGUGCUCCAUCGUGCCCUGCUGUGUUUCGCAUCACAUUGCAGCAGAUACUAUUUUUUUCAGGAUGUCAGCUUGGUUACUUAGAGCCAGCUAAUGUCAGAUUAGGUCUUUUACAGUAGGUUGUGUCUUUUAGGUUGUGUCUCAAAAUGUGGAAAUCUGAUUGUUACUUCAUCUUCAUUACGCUUUCUUCUUCUUGCCAGCAAUUCAAGGAAGCCCCAGAGGUUGCAUUUCCUCAUUUGUGAAUGUAAACGAGGUUGCUGGUUCGGGAAAAUGACUUAUUAAUCAAUAACUUAUUAAUCACACUUUUUGGAUGGAGUUUUUUUUGGGUUGUCGUAAAGGGAAAAAAUGUACCAGUAGACCAUGUCAGCUUGGUUACUUAGAGCUAAUGUCAGAUUGGUCCUAAAUUGAUGUGAAAAUGAGAAAUGGCAGAUGUGCAUCCUAAAAGAAAAACUUCAAAUCCAAAAAGGCUCAUGCUAGUUAAUGCUUUGCAUUGUCUCUCUAGAUGAGCCUGUUUCAAGCCAGUCUCAUUCACUCCAUUCUUUCCUCUCGUCUUUGUCCUGACUCCUGGGCACAUGGCUGAGCUCCAGCGAGCUCUCCAGGCUGGCAAUUCCACUUGACCCACUGUACCAAAGGCAAAAACAUGCUGCUCCAUUGCUAUUUAAUCACAAUCUUAUGAGCUCCUGUAAUACAGCGACACAAUGUUAUGGGCCCCUAAUGGAGCGCUCACACACAUCAUUAUGAGCAAUGAUUAGCAUAUUGCAGCAUGUGUGAUUGUAAGUGUGUAGUUAGCUCAGUUAGUUUUAGUAGCUUUAACCUGGUCUGUUUGAUUGGGAUGGCAAAUUAUGUGGAGUAAAUAAUGUGGAUGAAGACUGCGGUGGAAACGCCAGAAAGGACAUAAAACCUGUGCCAAAACUAACUAUGCGGAUCAGAUGACCCCGGACAGGGAACACCCGAAGGACGACAACAACAACAUCAUUAAACAUUGUGGCUGAAGGCAAAUCAGAGAUGCUGUUCUCUGAUCGGAGCAGAGUUGGGACACUGCAGGCACACUGAGAGGGGAAAACUCUGAGAUCUUGUCUCAACUUGUAAAUUUUAAAGAAUAUAGAGUGUACAAUGUGUGUCUGUGUGUGUGAGAGAGAGAGAAUGGAUGAGGAUGCGGUGGAGCAUUUAAGCUCUACAAACCAACUGAGAUCUUUAUUAUAUUAGCAUAGAGUGUUUAAAGCUUUAUGAUUUUAAGCAGGAACAGUGGUACUUCUUAUACAGUGCUGUCUAAUGAUGUACGAUGAGGACCGUUGUUGUACAUGUCGAUAAUAUCGAAAUGUUUGAUUUGUGUGUAUGAUACGGUGUAGACAUGGGUUAUGUCAUGUCAGAAUUAGUGAAAUAUCAAUGAAUUAUGGUGUAUCUGGAUCAUAUUAAUCACACGCAUGUAGUUUUAUGUGUAUUCUACUACUGACUAGAGUUGGAGUUAAGGCUAAUGUCAGCUGUGUGUCUGUGUGUGUCCUUGUGCAUGUGUUUUCACGUGAUCGGGAACUUCAUGGGAUGUAAGAGAUGUCUGACAUCUAUGGGUUUGUCCCUGAGCUUCCACACACACACACACACACACACACACACACACAGAGAUAAUUUCCUCAACUCCCCAAACUGUCGUCUGCUGCCUGUCUGUCUGUCUAAGAAAAAACACCUCGUUAUGAGCACUCAAACAUGCUCAUUAAACUGUUUUUAAUCAUUUGACGCAUUUUUUCUUGAGUCGUACGUGGCGCGACUGGUCUUCAUCCUCUAAACUCGGUCCUCACUUCACCUCGCCUCUGUAUUGAACUAUGCUAUUGACACUAACGUGAGCAUCUUUUUCUUACAAAGUGAGGACCUUGUAAAUCUUUUCCAUUUUUAUAUACUAUGACAGUUCCCUAAAAUCAUUCAUAUUCAUAUUUACAUAUUUACCCAUGUCCUCAUUGGUGCACUUUUUCUUUUUUUUUUUUUAGAUCUUUUAUGUAUUAGAUAUUAUAAGCAGAUUUUUAGAUUAUUCUUUAGCUCCAGGUACAGUAGGUGGUACAAUGUGCAAGUUCAAGUAAAUAAGUUUGUCCAAUGAUUCCUUUGUCUUAAAGAGAGCAGGGGUUGAGUAAUACUGUGGCAUUAUUUCUGUCGGCUGAAGUUUAGUGCCACAGCGCAUUCAGCUUGUGUGGUGAAUAGAAACACAUUGCCAAGGGCUAAUUUUAUUUCGCCUCAAGUUGCAGCUUUAACCAAGUAUAUGUGGUAUUUGUCUUUUUUUUUUUUUUUUUUUUUGCUUUUCCUUCUCUCUCUCUUUCUCUAUAUUUCUGUAUCUUUCUUACUGAAACACUGUAUUUUUUAGAGAAAGUACUGCUCUGCCUUGUGAAAGGAAAAAUCAUGUCUCUGGAUGUAAUUUUUUUUGCCUCAAUAAACGAUACAUUUAUCUGUACAUUCAAUAAAAAACAAAUUUUGUCAAGACA